UGUUUGAUUACACAUCUGUUAGUGUUUGUCUGUUCAGUAACCGGUCUGUUUGAUUAUACAUCUGUCAGUGUAGGCUGAGAGAGCGUUAGCUAAUAAUAAUGUAUUGUGUGAGGAUUAUCUUGUCACAACAAUUUAUUCACGUCUACGUCUAUAACUGAUUAAUUCAAUAUGUGAGUAAUUUGUGAACUGUAGUCUGCAGUAUCUAUCUACUUCUGUCACUUCAGUUAAGGAAAUCAGGUGUUAGGAGAAUUUUGCUCAUUCAAGAUGAAACUCAAUGUUGUGUGGGUGUGUGUCACCACACGUGUCUUCUCCAGGUGGCCCAUCCAGGUGGUCUUCGUCCCAUUGCGACUGCUGCUGCAAGAGCCACAAGAGUGAGCGCGAGGGAGAGAGUGGCACAUCUUUGAACGAGCUCUCUACUUCCUGCUCCGAGACCCAAUCAGAAGCCAGCUCCCCUCAGGGCACUGUCAUCUGUAGUUCCGUCAGCCGUCAGCCUCACCCCGUCGCCCAGACCCUGGACCGGCCACUGAAGAAAGGGCCCGUUCAGCUGCUCCAGCCGUCGGAGAUGAGGAGGAAGACGGACCUGCUCCGGGUGAGGACCAUGGGGAUCAGGGAGCACCGGGAGGCUGCAGCCAAGAGGAAAGCCAACAAGGAGAAGUUAACACCGGAGCAGGAGCUGGAGAGGUGCAUCCAGGACUUCCACAGGAUCAGGAUUCCUGAACGCUUCCCGGAGAGGAAGUACAUGUGGCAACAAGAACUGCUGAGGAAGUACCGUCUCUAAGGAGAGGGAGGGAGGGAGCAAUACAAAUCAAAUUGUAUUGGUCACAUACGCCGAAUACAACAGGUGUAAAC